GAGCGAACAACGUCACAAUUGUGGGACUCUACUGAGGAGAGGGAUCAAUGUGGCGGGGCGUUUUGUAAGCAAACUGCGACGAUGCGGCGUACCGAGGCUGACAGGGAGGAGUUGCGAUGGAGAAUGAAGAGACGGCAACCACGUUCUACCAUGAUGAAGUAUUGACGUUUUCUACAGUCGCCUCAAGUACCUCCUCAGCAUCACCGCUGAUGCACCGACCGGCACCACGACAAGCGGAACCUACGCGACAAAGCGUGCAACACGCUACGAAAGGCUUCGAUGUGAUAAAACGAUCCAUCCUAAUGGCGAAGAGAACAAGUCAUGGUGAAGAUGGAAAAGAUCGGUGAACGGACCCCGUCAUCGUCGGCAUCUGGGCUUCACGCCCUGGCUGAAGAUGGCGUGGCAGAGGUCCCAAGCUUGUAUAGGAGACAAGUCGAGCCAGAUUUUCUCACGACAUGAUGCGCCGUCUCAGGAAGUCCACAGGGUUGGGAACGACGAUGGUGAGCCUCGCCAAGCAAAGCGUUGGUGAAGUACUGCAUCUGCGACUACCCUGCCGUUGCGCUCGAUACCAACACGCUUUCCAGUUGCUCUCCAGACUCGCAGCGCUCCCCGCAUUACCAUCCACGACCGUUAAUCACGAGCGCUUUUUUCCCACCCUUGCACGACAAACGAUUGUACGACGCAGGUCGGACACCCAACUCAGCAUCUCUUCAAUUCUAACCGCUCUCCCAGUCAUGUCGUCCCCCGCACUUCCCGCAAUUCGCCGGAGCCACCGCGUCGCUACUGACUUGCACCGCCUGGCCGAGAACGAUCCGCCCGCGAGGAUUCACACGACGCUCGCGAGGCCCGCGACAUGUACAUUUGCGCCCAAAAUUGUCACCUCCCACACCGACCUCGACGAAGGAGUGCUAUACAUGGUCGUCGCCAAACGACGUGAUUCGGCGGUGGAGACCUCGCAUUCGCUCGAUCUCAAGGUUGAUGGAGGAGAGCUGGCAUACACCGCAGUGAGGACUUCGUCCCUGCACGAUGGCGUGACUGGAGGUGUGGCAGAUCCCGCGGUAGUGGACGAGGACGGCUUCGCGCGCGAUGAGCGCGGGUCUGCGAUUGGACACAAGUCGUGAUUGGCGUCGGAGGUUGAUGGAUAAAAGCUGCUCGCGUCUGUUUCGGAGCUUAUGGCAUGGGAUUGGCUACGGACUCUGCAGUGCUCCCGGUGGAAAGGCAACGUUCAUUGGCAUGCCAUCGUGGAUGGAAUGGCGGAUGUUCCUGCUUUCGGCGUUUUCGGCGUUUUCGAUGCUCUAUGGUAUGGCAGCAAAAGCGGGUUCAGCGAUGUAUGCUGCGGCGAAAAGGCAACGACUGGACUGGCUGCGAGCUCUUCGGCGGUUCAUCAAUGCCAGUAACUACGGAACUGGUGCAUCUCGGAGGUCGGAGAAACUCGACAUGUGAUUGGUCGAGAAUGGAAUACAUGUAUUUCAUAUUUUCGGAGGCGGUGGGGGCAACCAGCUG